ACGCGCUUCAAUACAGUUGGUUCUAGCCAGAACAACGACGCUCUGCUCAGAAUGGCGUGCCAAGUGCAAUAUUUCCAACACACAGACGGUGCGUAUGAACCGGCGAUCACUCAGGAACCCUCAGAGAAACCCUUCAGUUUCGAACAGUUAGAAAAGAACGUGAGAUUCGUCCUGGUGGAAAUAGUUCCCAAAGUGAUCAAGCUGUUACUACUGAUAGUUCCGGUGCUUUUGCGUGACUUUGUGCAGUUGUUCUUGCCGGUUAAGAGGAAAUCGAUAAACGGUCAGCUGGCAUUGGUCACCGGCGGUGGAAAUGGUCUUGGAAGAGCACUGUGCUUUCGAUUGGCACGCGAAGGUUGCUCGGUGGCUGUGGCCGAUAUUGAUCUAGUCAGUGCGCGUCGUACCACCGAAGAAGUGCGGGCCCAGUUCGGAGUGAAAGCUGAAGCGUUUCAAGUCGAUGUAGGUGAUUACAGGUCGGUUGUAAAGUUGAAAGAAAACAUCGAAUCCGCGCUCGGACCGGUCGACAUCCUAGUCAACAAUGCAGCGCUACUGGCCAUGUUGUCCCUGUCCGAAGGGAAACCGGAGGAUGUGCAACGAAUAGUUAACGUCAACCUACUGUCGCAUUUUUGGACAAUCCGUGCUUUCAAAGACGGCAUGGUUGAGCGACGCCGUGGACACAUCGUCGCGAUCAGUUCUGUGUUAGGUUUUCUUCCGGUGGGAAGAACGAUCUCCUACUGUGCGACCAAGUAUGGAGUGCGAGGCCUCAUGGCAUCGUUGGAAGAUGAAUUCUAUCAGGACGGUUUAUCGAAGGAUUUGCACACGACCUGCGUCUAUCCGACAGGAAUCAAAACCCGGAAGCAGUUUGUAGAUCUAGUCCAAGAUCUGAAUUUGAUCCUUCCGUUUCACACUCCCGAUUACGUGGCAAAUGCAAUCGUUGAAGGAGUGCUGGCCAACAAGGUAGAAUUAGUACCCAGCACAUGGGGAGCUCAGUCUUUAAUCUAUAUUAUUCCAAUCCUUCCCAAAUCAUUGAUCCGCUUGAUAGGUGACGUAAUGGUGGGAAAAAUGCCUGUUCUCAGCCACAGGGGCUGACCGUUCUAGCGAGGCAUACUCAACAGUUCUUGGCAAUGAUUUCCACUGGAUCACACCUUACAUUUUGCAAAUCUCGCAAACUCCAGUCAUCGUUGGAUCGGUGAUAAGCUGUUUGGAUCAAUCAAUCAAACCUCUAUAUAUGUACGUUUCUGCGAGCCUAUCAUCACCAAAAUGGCACUGUCAGCACGUAAAACGUUAAAAUACAACCGGAUUAUGGAGAAUGUGCUAAUGAUGAUAGGGGUUUAUUGAUACUGUUAGUUUUUUUUUUCUAAAUGGGUGAUGUCAGUAAAAAUAGAUAGGCUAUAAUAAGCAAU